GCGAGCUCAGCCGAGCGCAGAGGCGGAUUCUGAGGAACAAUAACAGCGCGGGGAGCGCGGGACCGGCGCGGCCGCCCCGCCCGCGCGCCGCACCAUGUACGCCUUUGUGCGGUUCCUGGAGGACAACGUCUGCUACGCGCUGCCCGUCUCCUGCGUGCAGGACUUCAGCCCCACGUCCCAGCUCGACUUCGACAACCAGAAGGUGUACACGGUGUACCGCAACCCCGAGGAGGCGGAGGAGGACGACGAGAGCCCCGCCGAGUGGGGCGACCGCCUGCUGCUCCAUAAGGCCCAGAUCCUGGCGCUGGCAGAGGACAAAACUGACCUUGAGAACAGUGUGAUGCAGAAGAAAAUUAAAAUCCCCAAACUCUCUCUCAAUCACAUAGAAGAAGCUGGGGAGGUUACAGAUUAUGGGGAAGAAGAUGUGGAGCUUAGACACAGUAAGAGACAAGAUGGGAGGAAACAAAGUGAAGGUACACACAAAAGCAUUGAAGCAGUUGUUGCUCGCCUUGAAAAACAGAAUGGGAUGAGUCUCAGUAAUACUUCCAGCCCUGAGGAGGCUUUUAUGGAGACUUCGGAAGCCAUGAACAACAUGGACGAUGCUGUAGUUCCUCGGAUCCUCUAUGAAGAAUUACUGAGGAGUUACCAACAGCAACAAGAAGAAAUGAGGCACAUUCAGCAGGAGCUUGAGAGAACGCGGAGACAGCUCGUGCAACAGGCAAAGAAGCUAAAGGAGUAUGGGGCACUCGUGUCAGAAAUGAAAGAGCUCAGAGACUUGAACAGGAGACUCCAGGAUGUACUGCUUCUAAGACUAGGUAGUGGACCGACCAUUGAGCUUGAAAAAGUAAAACCAGAAUCAAUUGAGCCUGAACCUGAGGUACAGAAGACCUUCAGUGAGGAAGCAAAUACUUCAACGUACUAUCCUGCCCCUGUUCCAGUAAUGGACAAGUAUAUUCUCGAGAAUGGAAAGGUCCAUCUUGGCAGUGGAAUUUGGGUAGAUGAGGAGAAAUGGCACCAGCUGCAAGUAACACAAGGAGAUUCAAAGUAUACAAAAAAUCUAGCGGUUAUGAUUUGGGGAACAGAUGUUCUCAAGAACAGAAGUGUCACAGGAGUUGCAACCAAAAAAAAGAAAGAUGCCGUUCCCAAGCCACCUCUCUCACCUCACAAAUUAAGCAUUGUCAGAGAAUGUUUGUAUGAUAGAAUAGCACAAGAAACUGUGGAUGAAACUGAAAUUGCACAGAGACUCUCCAAAGUCAACAAGUACAUCUGUGAAAAAAUCAUGGAUAUCAAUAAAUCGUGUAAAAACGAAGAAAGGAGGGAAAGUGCAAAGUACAAUUUGCAAUAAAUUUUGGAUUUUUAAUAAAGUCUUAGUGUUUUA